AUGUAUUCUCACACUGGCUGCUCCAUCUGCCUAGAACAUCCGGACUUUAGAUGCUCUGGAAAAUGCCAAAGAUGCUUCUGUAAAAGUUGCUUCACAUCUCCUGAGGUCCAUAGUUUUCUUCAACAUGAUUUGACUUCCGUUCAAAGCCCUGCGGAAGGCACCACACCGGCAACAUUUCUCUGUCUCUAUUGUUCAAGAGGACAAAGGAUCUGCUGCUACUGCUUCCGCCCAACGUCUCAAAAAGACUUUGUCUGCAAACAUAAUGGUUGUAGCACUUCUGCACACUAUAUAUGUCUAAUGAACUUUUGCAAGCGAAAUGCUAUAUCGGAUCAGUGCCCCCUCCACACAUGCGCUAUUUGCAGCACAGGAUCGCAGGGUGCAUUUUCUAAAAGUCGUGGACGCCGGCCAAGUGAGAGCUUUAUGCUUACAUGUGCACGCUGCCUCAAAACUGCUCAUCUCAAGUGCAACAACUCACAUCCUAUCUUUCAACUGAUCUAUUUUUCGAACAGCUCCACGGACCAUGGGCCUAUGUACUCUGUGCUCUGCCGCCAAUGUCGGAUGCAAGUCAACUCGUCCUUCAGCGCACUGGCUGAUUCAUGCAGCUUUAUGCAGAAGUACAAGAGCUUUCGCUUAAGCGAGCUCACAGCGUUUCACGGGAAGAAUAACCAAAGUGCACCAUCUCCUUUAUCGCACGAUAAGAUUAGCGCUAUCGUAAGCGCCUGCGAGCCCUAUUCCAUGGACUUGUUUCUGGACAAGUACAUGGCCCUGCUGGGCGUGCCACCGAUUCCCAUUUCCGUUACCUUCAGUAGUACUGAUCCUCAAGUAAUUCGCUGCACCGAUAAGUGGGAGAACCGUGUAGCAGUCAUAAAUGAUAAGGCUAACUGA